AUGAGCGCCGAAAGUGUCCAGACCUUGUUGCGUCUGCUGUCGCAAGAAGCAAAAAUUCCAUUGGCAACAGCCCUCUCCAAGAUCAAAGAACUGCAAGCAGCUGGACUCGGUAGUGCAGAUGAGAUCGCGAAAACCAAAAUCGACAGCUUAAAGACGAUUUUCGUCGACGAGAAAAAAUCAAAGCAAGUUCUAUCUGCAGCUAAGCGAGUGGUGAAGAAACGAGCUGCCGCUGAUGACAAUGUGGAUGCCAAACCAGCUGUCAAGAAGAGAAAGCCCGCAGAUAGCCUCUUCGAGACCAGCGAAGAGCUGUCGCCUGCGGCCAUCGAAGAAUCGCUGAUCCUGCCAACAAGUGAUCUCUCCGAGGAUGGAUUAUCAGAUGUGGUACUGCACACCAACCGAGCGCCACUUGUGUUGGCAUUUGUCGUCACACUACUCAAGCACACCAUGCCUGGUCAGCCGCUAUCGAGCCGAUUAUCCUUAGCACAGGCAUAUGUGAGCAUCACAAGUAGAUCGCGCGCCGUCAGUCUGGGCAUCGAAAGCGGUAAAAGUGCGGAAGAGGAAGGGUUCGGCGAUGGUCAACCUGUUGUGACAAUCAUGGGAAAGGACAUCAGAGUUAUUCGUCGUUACGACUACGAUUGGAACAGCCCACCGCAAACGACAGAAGUAAAGAACGAGCCGUCUGAAAAUGAGAAGUCUGUAACUCUACCGCCGAACAAUGAGGAGCCGGCUUUGUGGGCUCUCGACCUCGAGGCUCGCAAAAGCUUGAGCACUUCGAUUUCUCGAUCAGAAGGCGCUGGCACACCCAACAUGCCCAUCUUCACGCCUCAAUCCGCCAGGAAAUAUUUGCUCAAAUCAUUCUCUUCAGCUCCUGAAGAAGCCUCUCAUACUCCGCCGAAGAAGCUUACAGCUGCAGCGAGAUCACAAAGCAAUGGACUCAACCUUGGCAAGCUCCUCAGAUGUCUAGAUAUUUUGUACGAUUCUUGGGCAUCUUCGCUGAGUCCCACGCAACUGAAUGACCGCACGUGGUCAUGGUACGCGAAGGUUCGGCCAUCCGUCGAGGAGGGUGUCGCUGGAUGGGGCGGCAAAAAUCAGCUGAAAUUGGCCGAUAUCCUUUCCUUGCGGUCUCGUUCUUGA